CUCUAAACCACUGGUUCUUAAGAUAUCGCGGAGGACGCAACGCCGAAUCUGUUUUUCAUUUCCCCAAGUUAAAAGCGGCAAAAUGAAGCGCAAGACGAGCGAGAUUUGGUGCUUCUUCCGGGCGGUGGACGACACAUAUGCGCUGUGCAACAUCUGCAAGGCGAAGCUCUCCUACAAAACGACCACCACCAAUCUGAGCAAGCACAUGAACAGGAUGCAUCCCACAUCGGGACUCAACCGGAGCUCCAACUACAAAUAUCAGGCCAAGAGCAGUAGCAUCAUGGACCGGAACAAGGGCAAGCCGCGCAACCAGACGCAGGAGGUGAUAAUGCUGGAGUUCGUGAAGAAGCAUCCGCGGAUGCUGCAGAAUCCGACGUGGGAGACGCGCAGCAAUCUGGAGUCGCUGUGGGAGGAGCUGACCUCGGACCUCAAUCGCCACGGGCCGCCGCGAAAGGAUGUGGCCACCUGGAAGAGGGCCCUGAAGGACUGGAAGCGGUUCAUCCUGAAGAAGGUGGAGAAGAAUGAGCUGCACAACGUUCCCUUCGGCACCAGCCUCAGUUCCUCGGAGGAAACCAUCGCCACCUUGUGCCGCCUCAACGAGGACGUUAGUCAGAUAAUCAUGAAGGUCUCCGACGACGAGGAAAUGCACGAGAAUUCCACCACCGAGUUCGACGUGGACGAUGUGGAGGACGUGGUGCCGGAAGAGGACAGCGGCGCCCUUCAGACCUCCGCCGAGUACAUUUACGAGCCGGAGGAGAGCAAAGCGGACAUCGACCCCCUUUACCUGCAGUCCAGCAAGCGGGCCGCCUUGGCCGGCAGUCGAAUGGCGGAGGAGGAGGCGACGACGACGACGACGCUGCUGCUGGAUAAGAUUAGCAAUAACAUUGGCAUGGUCCACGAUGCCGCCAAUAGCGCCCAUCUCGCUCUCAACGAGUUCUUCGUCCUGUACAAGCAGAAACUGUACGAGGACAAGCGCCAUCAUCUGGCAAUCGAACAACUGAUGGCCGAGAAAAUCGAAUUGAAAAAGAAACUCUUGGAGAUCGAGCAGCGAAAGUUGUCGCUAAAGUAA